CCAACGGUUGUUUUUGCACGGAUGAUUAAGGAUCAGGUUCUCAACGUCCCUCAAAGAAGAAUCCAAAUCUGAGCGAGAAAUUCUCAGAUACUGUCACCGGGUACGUCGCUGUAGCUGUCAGUUCCGCUAUCACAGAACAAAAGAGGAACCAUCAAUUCGGUGAAUAGCAUCACUGUUCUGCUUGCCUGUUGAGCAGCACAAAGAGCAAAAGAUCAACAUCAUGAUGAGAAUCAAGACAACUAUCCUCCUUAUCUCGCUGCUGUUGGUAGUGCUGCAUCCAACAUGCCUUGCUUUUUCGACCUCGGAGGCUCAUUUUACGUCUGUGACGUCAGGAAAGCGGGUUGAUGGAAACUCAUUCUUCCGCAUAUCCUUGCUAUCAGGCAACCGAAACAACAACAAGAAGGACGGUACCAGCACUCAAGAGAACACCCCUGCUUUCACCAGUGAAGAUGAAAAGUUUCUCUCGCAAAUGAUGCUCAUUGGGUUCAAUGUGUUUUCCAUGAUCCUCAUUUUUAUCCGUUGUUACUAUCACUGGGUUAUGUGGAGACGAGCUCAUCGCAAAGAGGUCGAUGUACUCAAGGACAUUCGCCGAAAAGCAGAGAAGAAGCUGCAGGAUAUUGAAGAACAGCAGAAAUGGAAGUUUUGGUCACAACAGCAACAACAUCAGGAGCAUCCAACGCCUCACAUCACCAAAGAUUACACGGGUCAAUCUUGCCCCAUCUGUUGGAGUAGUUUUCAAACCAUGGACGAAAGCAACAAUAACAACAAUCUAGAUGACGCAGGACUACCAUCAGAAGACACCUUGCUCUUAUCUCCCAACAAGCAACGGAUGGUUGGAUCGGAUGGCAAGCCCAUCAAAAAACUGCCGUGUGGACACACCUUUGACUAUACAUGUGCUGUAGAAUGGUUAGUGACACUGCACAAGAAAAACAUGGAUUCUCCAUUGACAUGUCCAGUGUGCAGAGAGGCAUUUUGAAGCGUCUUCUUGCUGUCACAAGACAACAACAAGACAACAACAAGGCAAUACAUGGCCUUGUGGUUGACACGUCAACCAUGAUGAAACUGGAUGAAAGGCAUCCACGACAGAAACAAAAGAUAUUCCUCCUAUCAGGGAGGUUUCAAAGAAGGGGCGGAGGAGCACGGUUCUGUGGAUCGCUGGGUGUUCUGUCUGAUAGCAGGAAUCUCCUCUGCUUUUUGAUGAAGACGACUAACAGUCAAGUGCCAAGCAAUGGCUAUGACAGCGCAGCGGUAGCUGCACCGGUACAGGUUAUGAAUGUGGCUGAUGGAUGAACAAAGCCAUAUACAUUGGUGGGGCAAUGGCAAGAUUUUGCGUUUAUUCGUGAGCCUGUGAGGCACUGGUGAACUAGGUAGAGUAGAGGGUACAUGUGAUAGAGGUUGACGGUCGUUCUAAUACUUGUGUGGUCGACAUCAAAUUGCCUCAGUUGGGC